AUGCCUGCAACAGAUCCGAAGAAUCCACCUAGUGUUCCCCAAGGUUGGCUAGCUAAAUAUGACGAUAAAUAUAAGGUUUUUUUCUACAUUGAUUUAAGGACCAAGAAGUCGCAAUGGGAGGCACCUGCUGGUACAUCUUUUGAGAAGUCUGCUCAUGAGGUGCUGCCACCUCCCUACAGUCCUCAUGAAUCCAAUUCUCCUCAGCCACCAAUUCUGAAUCAAACUAGGCCUAACCCUCAACAACAAGUUCCUUUCCAAGGAUACGGACAGUCUCCACAGCAGUACGUGCAACAACUGCCGCAAAACCCACACAUGAGUGGUAUGGGUCUUGGUGGUGGCUUACUAGGCGGUAUGCUUAUAGGAAACAUGAUGAGAACAAGACGUCGGACCAGUUGUCCGCCCAGACGUCGUCGGAGAUGCUAG